GUCUUUACGAAAGCCCACCCGGUAAAGACGACGCAGCGCGCGACGGACUUUCUCAUGGCCGUCAUGCUCGAAGAGCACUACGCUGGUGGGUUCAUGUGGUCGAUUAACCCCGCGUCGGCGUACAUGUACAACCCAGGCUGGACCGCCGGGACGUUUACCAAAGACACUCGUUCUCGACGAUUGACUCUCGCCCACCAAUGCCUUUUUGCAAAAGUCAUUGCGGUGCCCCACCUCCGGUCGUUCCCGUGCUUUCCAAACGCAGCGUAA